UUUAAAUUUUAGUUUUACCGUUUCAUUUUCUUUUUUUUACCCAUUCGUCCAGUUAAGCCCUAAAUCUGAAAAUUUUGUGAAAAAAAUCCCUUCUCUUUCUUCGGCGAGCUCUCCGAUCUGCGUGGUCAAAUCCACUCGAAGUCCUCGAGCCGCCGAUGAUUGAGGGAGCAAUUGCGGGACACGUUUUUUCCGGAUUGACAGUGUUGGUGUAAGGUGUUUAAUUAAGAACUGUUCAAGAUGAACGCCGAGCGUAUUGCGAAUUUUGCUUUAGCGGGAUUGACAUUAGCUCCACUUGUCAUGAAGGUUGAUCCUAAUGUGAAUGUCGUUCUCACUGCCUGUCUAACUGUUUAUGUUGGUUGUUAUCGGUCUGUGAAACCUACUCCACCUUCAGAGACCAUGUCGAGUGAACAUGCUAUGCGUUUUCCCUUUGUUGGGAGUGCGAUGCUUUUGUCUCUUUUUUUGCUUUUCAAGUUUCUAUCUAAGGACUUGGUUAAUGCAGUCUUGACAAUCUACUUCUUUGUGCUUGGGAUCCUUGCUCUUUCCGCCACUCUGUUGCCUGCUAUCAAACGAUAUCUGCCAGACCAUUGGAAUCAAGAUGCUAUUGUAUGGCGUUUUCCAUAUUUCCGUGCUUUGGAGAUCGAGUUCACCAGGUCUCAGGUUGUUGCAGCAAUUCCUGGAACUUUCUUUUGUGCAUGGUAUGCUCUGAAAAAACAUUGGCUGGCUAACAAUAUCUUGGGCCUUGCCUUUUGUAUCCAGGGAAUUGAAAUGCUUUCUCUUGGUUCCUUUAAGACUGGUGCUAUACUUUUGGCUGGACUUUUCGUAUAUGAUAUCUUCUGGGUUUUCUUUACUCCAGUGAUGGUUAGUGUUGCAAAAUCGUUUGACGCACCUAUAAAGCUUUUGUUCCCCACUGCAGACGCUGUUAGACCAUUUUCCAUGCUUGGACUUGGUGACAUUGUCAUUCCCGGCAUCUUUGUUGCUUUGGCUCUUCGAUUUGAUGCAUCCAGGGGAAAAAACGGUCAAUAUUUUACGAGUGCUUUUGCGGGAUACACAUUUGGUUUGGUCCUCACAAUAAUAGUCAUGAAUUGGUUUCAAGCUGCUCAGCCUGCACUUCUGUACAUUGUGCCUGCUGUUAUUGGAUUUUUGGCUGCUCAUGUCAUAUGGAAUGGGGAUGUGAAGCCGCUGUUAGAGUUUGACGAGUCGAAAACUGUUAGUUCAUCCGAAGAUGACGGUGAAUGUGAUAAAGGAAGCAAGAUGGAAUGAAUUUGGAGAAAGGUGGAUGGGCGGAAGGCAUAAUUUUUCCAUGUGAUGAGCGAGUUGUAUGAGAUCAUCCAUCCCCCGUCCUGUAAGCUACAACAACCCUUUUACAUUGAGCUAAUUUAUGUGCCAAACUUUGUAUCCGAAAAAAACAGAUUUUGAAAUGAGGUUAGCAUGUCCUGUCCUGUCCUGUCUUGUUUUUAGCUCUCUUAGUUUUCACCUCAUCGGAAAGCAAGCUUUUACUGCAACUGUGCCCGCCCAUUUUGUUGGGGUUUCUAUAGCAAAUUAAAAAAAAAAAAAAUUAUAAA